AUGCGCGGAGUUGUCUUGCUCAUUGUGCUCUUCGCCGUCUCCGUAUUACUCGUCGCCACCGCGUCCGCCCAUCCGUUCUUUGUGGCGUUGAGCAGAUUACAGGACGCCGACAGUCUGAUGUCAAAACGCGCUCUCGACAAAUGUGGCUGCAAUCUCGGAUGCUUCUACUCAUCGGCUCGAGACUGUAUGAGUUGUUGUGCGCUGGCUCUCUAA